UUUUGAAAACUUUCAGGUCCCUUCACAGAUGUAGUCACUACAAAUCUUAAACUACGAAAUCCAUCAGAUAGAAAAGUGUGUUUCAAAGUGAAGACUACAGCACCUCGCCGAUACUGUGUGCGGCCAAACAGUGGCAUUAUAGACCCAGGAACAUCUGUAACUGUUUCAGUAAUGCUACAGCCUUUUGAUUAUGACCCCAAUGAGAAGAGUAAACACAAGUUUAUGGUACAGACGAUCUUUGCGCCACCAAACAUUUCAGAUAUGGAGGCAGUGUGGAAAGAGGCAAAACCUGAUGAACUAAUGGACUCGAAAUUAAGAUGCGUCUUUGAAAUGCCCAAUGAAAAUGAUAAACUGAAUGAUAUAGAAUCAAGCAAGUCUGCCCCAGUGCUGAAUACAUCUAAACAGGAUGGACCGAUGCCAAAACCACAUAGUGUUUCACUUAAUGAUACUGAAACAAGGAAACUAGUGGAAGAGUGCAAAAGACUUCAGGGUGAAGUGAUGAAACUGUCAGAUGAAAAUCGGCACCUGAAAGAGGAAGGCUUGAGGCUCAGAAAGGUAGCACACUCAGAUAAAUCUGGAUCACCCACAGCCUUGGCUCUCAGAGAGAAUGGCUCCAAUCCUCUUCCCUCUCUGCUUGUUGUAAUUGCAGCCAUUUUCAUUGGAUUCUUCCUAGGGAAAUUCAUCUUGUAGAGAGUGAGAGAGAAAGAGAGAGAGAGAAGCAUGCAGAGUGCGGCUUCCUUUUUGUUUCUUGGCCAGGAAAAGAUUUGUUUACCUACCACUUCAUUGGUAGUAUGGCCCAAGUGACCAUUUUUGUGUACAGCGUCAUACAGGCUUUGCCUUUAAUGAUCUCGCACGGUUAGAAAACACAAUUAAAAUAAAAGACAAACUGUUCGGCUACUGGACAAAAUUGUACAUUUAAAUCAUCAAUAGCAGGUGUCAGUUGCACAUUCAGUCCUUUAUGAAAAUUCAUAAAUAAAGAAUUGUUCCUUCUUUUUGUGGUUUUAAUAAGAGUUCAGAAAUUGUUCAAAGUCUUGUAAAUGUUAUUUUAAUAAUCCUUUAAAAUUUUAUCUGUUGCUGUUACCUCUUGAAAAAUGAUUUAUUAGAUUGCUAAUCCCACUCAUUCAGGAAUAUGACAAGAGGUAUUCUGGGGGAAUGGUGCCUCUUACUGUGUAAAUUUUCUGCUUUAUCUUUCUUUGCUAAUAUCAUGGCAGAAUUUUUUUUCUUAUCCCUUGUGAGGCAGUUGUUGACAGUUUUUCAUCCUUACAAUCCUGUCCCAUGAUAUUUAACAUUAAAAGAGAAAUAAAAUUGUUAACAUAUUUUUCUGCUGGGUAGCCUGUUUGUGUGUUGUUGUACUCCUAGAAGGAAUUCUUAAGUUCAUGGUAGCUUGCUACAUGUAACAAAUGGCUAUUUUAAAAUUUGCCUGCUUAAAUCCUUGGCUUAGACUGUUGUAAUUAAAGCUUUGGGGGGUGGGAGGAGGUUCCCUUUUUAUUUAUUUAAAGAACCAUUUGCUGGCUGCUUCAGCAGUAGAAAUAAUUAUCCAACGUGUUCAGACAUAAGAAUAAUUUGGAUUAUCCAGCAGGUAUAAAAAUUGGUAGACAAAUGUAUUUAGCACAUGGUAUUAAAAUUUGCUUGGAUUGUGUGGGCGGAGAGCAGUCAGCCUUCUGUUCCAUUUUUGGGUGUGUUGCGUAUCUUUCAAGGGACGACAGAUUCUUGGAUUUCAUAAAGGGUACUCCAUCCAAGUUUACUAUCUUAUCUGUUAUGUUUGUAAUACCACUUUAGCAAAUAUUCUUAAAUGCAAUUUUUUUUUGUAAUUGGACACUCGAAAUGCAUUUCUGUGAUGCAGAGGAAUUGUGUGCUGAGUAAGCCUCAGUUACUCAAUGUCCAAAAAUU